AGGGUGAAGGCCACCGUUGUAUAUGCUCAUCCAGCGCUGGUAUUCUCGAGGUUUGUUUCCACUGGGAACUUCCUUUCGGGGAAGAUUGUCUUUUGGGCGCCAUUAUUCACUAAACGGACGGUGGUUGUUUUGUUUGAUGCGUCAGUUUUUCUUCCACACUUGAGUUGUUCAGUCUUGUUUCAAGUGCACGAUGAUAAAAAAAAGAAGUGCGCUGUUGAUGAACCGUGGAAUGUUUGUGUUCCCCUGAGGUCAACAAUCUGAGUUUCUGGCUCCGCGAAAUAGUUGAAUAAUCGUAAGUCCAUGGCCGAUUCGCAUAAGUGACAAGACUCAUCAGGUCUCCACCAGUCCUGUCGGUGCUCUGGGAGAAACAGUAAUUUUAUUUGGUUUCCUUUAUCACAUCGUAACAUGCCGUCGUAG